GCGUGGCCCAUCUGGGAGCCCACGAGAGCGACCUUGUGGGGCGGAGGUGAGGGGGGCCUCAUCAUUCUGGUUGGCCCUGGCCUCUGACCGAUCACAAGGCUGAUGAAAUCUCCCCCAGAUACUGCAUCUGGCUUUGGAUUCUGAUUUGUUAAUGCGAGGGGUUUGUUUUGCUUUGUUUUGCCAUGACUCCUGUCCCAGUUCUGAUCAGGACUCUGUCCAACAGGAAGACACUUGCUGAACCGAGAAGGUUCUGUCUUGGUUGGUUGGGGGCGCUAUGGCUGGCCAUGGAAGAGAAUCAGGCUGUCUGCAAGACUUCCCCUGGUUUGCCAGAUUUCCCGUCUUUCCUCCUCAAAAUUUUAAACCAGUAAAUGAAGCCGAUGACAAAGGGCCUUAGGGCCCUGGCCAGCUCUGUGGUUUGAUCUUUUCUUUCCUUUGUUGAAGGUGGACUUGCAUUUCUCCGGAGCCUGGCCUUGUGGGUUGUCGCCCAUCUGCCUGUUGGCUUGAGCUGUGGGCCUUAAGCUGCUGCCCACCAUGCGCUCGGACCUCCGUUCCUGGGCUCCCGAGCUUCCCACGCCUCUGAGCCUUCUGUUCCACACGGGGAUCUCGGGAAACCCCAGCUCUUGUUGCCACGUUUAACGCCACCCCCUCCCCCAGUUUCUGCCUCAAGGAAAAUGAGUAAUCCCUUUUCUAAUCUCUUGGGAGUUGUGGGGGCUCAAACCAGGAGGAGGGAGGGAAGAAGACUAUACGUACAAUAACGAUAGUUAUAGGGACCAUUCCAGCACUUUGUACCUGCUCCAUCAACCCUUCAUCGACUGUGUGAGAAAUUAUAGUUUCGUAACCGUCUGACAACUUAGUUUCCCCCUAAAUUUGGCACUAACGAAUUUGACAGAACAAUGGGACUCGAACUGUGAGGCUCUGAAUGGCCUUCCUUUAUCCCACGGCCGAAAACGCUAGUAUCCAAUGAAGGGGUGCUGCCCCCAAAACCACUGGGGUGGAGCCUCUGUGUUUUAUUUGCAUCUUAUUCUGAGCACAUCUGGCCUCACAGCUUCCAUAUCAGAGACCCAUGGACCUGUCUCUGCUUUACAGAUAAGGGAACUAUAAGGCCCCGAGAGCUGGGGCAGCACCCCCAAGCUGAGGACUCCCAGCCUUCCAUUAGAAUGGGCCAAAUGCAGCUGGAGGAGAUGCCCGUUAUGUAGCCGUAUUUCUAGAGCUCUAUCGUGGACCCCCAGUCCACGUCUUCGAAUUAUCUUAGAGGUAACUGUCUUUUAGUUCUUCAGUGCCAAAACCAUCUUGGAUGGGGUGAAGGCAGGGGGCAAGUCGUCCAUCUCGGCAUCUGUUUCUCUUUCAUGCCGCUUCAGCUUCGUGUGCGCUGAGGUCUGGUCCGGGUGAGGCCCUGGGUAGGGCAAUGGGGAGCUUUGCCAUUGCAUCCAGGGGUUCCCGGUUCACUAGAGUUCUGAAAAACACGCAGACCCUCACACGUCCGGGAGGAAGGUCUCCCAGGGGCUACACGGAGAUGGAGUCCCUUCUGCUUCGCUUCCUGUGGUGUCCCCCGGUCUCCUUGCUGCAAAGGCUAUUUGAGGACAGAGUACCAAGGGACAGUCAGUCCCUGUGCUGGGCCUGGGUCUUGUUGAUGGUAACAGAGCCGACGAGCUUAUCUCGGGGUUUUCCUGUGUCGAUAAUCAACCACGGAUGUAAGUGUGGCCAAGCCUCAGACACGUGCAGCUGCCGAGCCUUCUAACACCAGUGGAAACAGCAUCUCUGGUGGGGACGGGUGUUCUGAGUCUUGCCCGAGUGUCCAUGAACUCCUCUUGGGCCGCUCAGAACCGGAAGCAUGUUUACCCUUUGCUCCCACAGUGGGUUGCUGGAGGCCAGGUCUCUGUGGAGUGGCUGCUGGGCACUCACUGGCUCCACUGCCAAGAACCUCUGUCUUCUUCCAUCUCCACGUCCUUAGCUGCCCUAGCAGGCAGGUGUGCCUGGUGGCUGUCAGGUGGGCACACCCCCUUCUCCCCUUUGAUUCCUUAGCCUUUAGGAAGUUCCAUGGCAAGGGGCAGUGAGGUGCAGGCGCUUUGCUUUGCCCUGAGCACCCCAAACCAGCACCCCAGUCUCUAUGGCCUCUGUCCAAGUGAAGCCAGAGAGAGGGGCCCUGGGAGGAGGGAUGACUGAACAAGGGCGGGUAUGACAUCCAAGUAGAUUGGCGAGGACGUGGGAGUGAGGGUUCAGAAAGAACAAAAAAGAAAGAAAGCUGUUAUUAUCAUAGCAGAGUUCUGCUUGUCUGGCCAGGUCCUUCCUCUUCUCAUGAUGUGGUAAGAUUCCAGAACAAGCCAGUCUGGCUCAGAUUUUGGGGAUGGAGACCAGCCUGACCUGGGGCAGCUUCUGGGAAACCUGGGGCAGCUACCAGGCUGUGAGGAGGGGCCAACGCACUUGUUUAGAAAGAACUUUUGUAUAAAAUGGAGAAAAUAUUCGAGUUUCAUAUCCAGGAAUGAGACUGAGAAAUGCCACAGUCCCCCCGGCCCCGCCCUCGACUCUCACUGCCCUCUGGAAAAUCUGCUGCUCCCAGCUGGGGGUUCCCAACCUUUGGAUCACAAAGCUGCCUAAGAAUCUGAUCAAAGUGACACACCAUUGCUGUCCAAAAAUGUACACACGUGCACACGUGCAAUUUUGCAUUCUGUUUUGGGGGUUCACAGAUUUCCCCAAACCGGGCCAAGGUCCCUGGACCCCAGGUGGAGGCCCUGACUGAAGAUGUGUCUCAGGUCUGCCACCGUCUGGGGACUUGAUCCCGGCAGUAGGUUACAGGUAACCCCGGAGCUCCUGGAAAUCCCAUCCCCCUGCCUCCAAGCAACUUGGGGUGUCCAAGCCUCCUUGCCCUGGGCUCCCGGCUGCCCUCACAUCUGGGCAGACUUCCAGACCCUUGGAGUGGCCACUGCAGUCCCAGCCUGGGCUGGCUUCCCAGGGUGGCCUUCCCCGCCCGCCCGCUGGGCACGCAUACAGUUAAUCCUCCGCGGCCGCUGUUUGGAUAAAAUGCGCUGGGAGCCUUGGAAGCUCCAGGCAGCUCACAUCUGGCUGGGGUUUGCUCUUUACGCCUCUGUCCCGCUUUCUUCGGCUCUUCCUUUACUUUCGAGAAACCGCGUUUCCGCUUCUGGCCAGAGAGACCUUGGAGCCGAGGAGGUCAAGGUGCCGGGAAGGGACGGGCUGCUGCCUGCACCAGCCUCCCCUUUUCUGCGCCCUCUUCCCGGAGGACUUUUUCCUUCUUCUCCUUCGACAAGUCUGUUCUUCCCCCGACCUGGCCCGGAGGAGGCUCCGUCGCAGGGAGAUGCUCUAAGAGGCGGCGCUGGGAGAGCCCAGAGGCCGCGGGGAGGACGCCGGCUGGAGGAAAGAUUUCACCCUGGGUUUGCUUCAGCUCCGAAGAGGAGGUUCUUGAGGAGAACCAGCAGCCUCUGCCGCCCCACUGUCAGCAGGGCAUCUUUGACUCUUUGCUGGGCUGUGACGUGCUCUCACCCCACUGAUGCCAUCACCCCCGAGCCAGUUGCAUCCUGGUCCCCAUCUCCUCUGAUCAAGCAGGGCACAGAGGAAGAUGGGCUCCCAUGGACGGGGACUCAUGCUGGCGUGCUGCCUGCUGCUGGCCUUCACCUGUGGCCCGGUGCUGGGCCGAGUGUCACGUGGCCCGCAGGAGCAGCAGGAGGGGACCCAGGAGCCGCUGCUGGAGCACGCUGAGAGGGUUGAAGAAAAGCAUGAAAAAUACAGCCCCAGGCAGAGCGAGGACCCCCCUGCCUCCCGGUGCUAUCGCUGCUGUGACCCUGGUGCC